AUGCUCGACAUCCACCGCAACGACGGCCCGGAUACGAAGGUCUACUUUUCGCACAGCCUGCUCCCAAGCUACAUCGACCCGCAAAAUGUGUCGACCAAGAAAAAGCCCUUCUCCACGUUCAAUGCGCAGCCUUUCUCGCACACGCUUGAUCUCAUACUGCCAGAAGAGAUAUACGACAUUGUAAAGGGACAUGUAGAGGGCGCAGGUGCAGCUGCCAAGGACGUGUAUGCGCGCGUGUACAUGAAGUUGGGAGAGGUGUUGCAGGGCGAUUUCUUCAGUGAAUAUAUCAAGAAGGGCAACAUAAUGAUGCUUUCCGAAGGCCGACCGCUGGUCGACAACGUCUUCUCGCUGUAUGGCGGCAUCUUGCGAUUGGAGCUUGACCGCCCGACGUACGAACGAUGCGGACUACAAGGCAAACCCAUCGAGGACGGCGGGAAGAGACACCAAAAGAACAGAUGGGUCAUUGAAUACAACCUCCGGGAACCCAGCAUGACCCACGGCAAAAAGGGCUUCUCGCGCCUCGAAUGGGCCUGCAAGAACGUUCUCGACCAGAGCCUCGUUUGGCUCUUCUACAACUUCAACCCCUCAGCCCCCGAAUCGCUGCGCGCAGGCACAGAACCGAUCUCCGUACACCAUCCGACCAUCCUCGCCAUCGAUCCUACCAUCACGAAGCUCCCACGCACGCUCAUUCCCGCUCUUACUACCUCCGACCUAUCCGCCCUAUAUGACGCCGAGGAUGCGCUAGCCCUGCACGAGUACAUCGGCAUGUUGUGCCUCAACUCUCCGCGCGUCUCCGCAGACGACUCAAUAGACCCGCAUCUCUCACGCUACGAAGUGCCCACAUUCAACGGGCUCGUGAAGCUCGCGACGAAGGAUAUGUUCAGGGUGAGGUGGCGGGGCUUCAUACCGCCGCAAUUUGUGCGGGAGUUAUUCCUACUGGUGAGGACAGUGGCGUUGAAAGUGGGGAGGGAAAAGGCGACGGGCGAGGAGAAAGAAGGAGACGAAAGGGAUGGGAGGUGGGUUGCGUGGUCGGCAACGUCAUUCGGGGGCGCGAGGGAGUGGACGGUUAUGCAGUGGGCGGAGAGGGAGACGUUGAGCUGGGAGUGUGAGGGAUAGGGUGUGUUGCAUCAGAAAUGCGAUGCUUUCGCCACAGCUCCGGUAGAAGACGCUGGCUAUGAGGAGGAGCCAGGUCCCUAAUGAAAACCC